AUGGAUGCUCAAGCUGAACGACAAGGCAAGACUCGUCGUGGACGUGUUAUGACUGAAGGGUAUGAUUCGGACGACUCUGAUGAGGGUCCCAGCAAGUCGCAUCGGCGCGGAUGGAAAGACGGGGCAGAAGGGAAUGCUGAUGACGAUGAUGAUGACAUGUUUGCGGAUGCUAAGAAAAAGGAGGAUGAGGAUGAUGACAGGAAGGAGCCCCGAUUCUUAAAACUCUCUGACAUUGACGGUCAAGAGUUUGGAGCCCGCACACGCAUGGGUGAUGAGGAUGACAAUGAUGAGCUAGAUCACGACGAAGAUCCUGAAUACGAGCUAGAACAAGCGAUGAAGAGCCAACAGCAUGAAGAUGCCAACGCUGAUGCAGAACGCACGCCGCCAGGCUCGCCGCGGUACGAUGGCGUGCUUGGCGUCAAGAAGCAAGGCAUGGGCUUCCGUAUUGAAAAGUUCAACAUGAAAGCAGAGAUGGCAAGUGGUCAAUUUGAUGAAGAUGGCAACUACAUUAGAAAUAAACGAGAUCAGUUUUCGCAGAAUGACCGCUGGCUCGAAGGCAACUAUACGAAAAAGUCGAUCAAAUCCGCGAGCGAGGCGCAGAAAAAACGACAAGAGGCUGAAAAGGAGCGUAUGAACAAGGAAAUGGCCGAAUUUCCCACGAUGGAACAUGCUAUGAAGGAGCUGGCAGGGUUUAUGCAGCCCGGUGAGGCUGUGUUAGAUGCGCUGCAUCGACUAGGAUCACAAGCAAAGAGAUCGAAGAAAGACCAGGAAGGAGCGGAAGCUAGCAAGGCGGCAUUUGAACACUUUACUGAUGUGACAAGCAUCUUAAUGAAUACUUUUGGUCAGAUGAACGUGUACGACGAAGUGUACGAAGGACUGGUUCGGAUGGUGCGCCGAGCAGGUCUUGUUCCAGAAGAUUGGGAUCCAUCGCGGAAUACUCAAGGGGCGACACCUGGUGACCAAGUGUCUGGCGAGGGAGAGGCGAUAUGGGAGUACAAAUGGACCCCCACUUACUUGGCCCAAGCGGCCAAGGCCCACGGCACGAACGUUGAUCCUGAGACAAAGGUAUUCGGCCCCUUUCGAGCCUCUGAAUUGAAAGCUUGGGCCGAGCAGGGUUUCUUUGGUACAUCCAUGGAGAACAUCCUUCUGCACCGCUCCACCGCCGAACCGACCUCCUGGGCCUCGGAUAUGUUCUGGCGCGCCUUGUCCCGUUUCUUCCGUAUAGGAAACGCCAGGGUGGUGAAGUGGAAGUCGUGUCCUUAUCCCAGCGACUUUAAUCCCAAAGAUAUGCCGAUUCAAUGGGACGCAUGGAUGCGUCAUACGCGCAAGCAGCCGCCCACGAUCCAAGAGCAGGCACAUAAGGCUCAGGUGGAAGCUAAACGUGAACGCGAGCACGAGCAUGCUCUAGAGGAGCAGUCCCGUGCCGAAAAGACAUUCUCCUCCUCCCGCAAAGACGCGGAGCAAGGUGCCGAAGAGACCGUCGAGACGGCCAUUGUCCACCCCGCACGACGACGAGGAUAG